ACCCCAAGCCAUCUUUGAGCCUUUCCUCCGUGUCGGCCAUCUUGUCGCCGUCGCUGCUCCGCAACCUACCAUCAACCAACCCCCUUGCUCCCUGGAUUCGGCCUCCGCUUCCAUCCAUCCUUGAACCUUUCCUCGACCGAUUUGCUCCGACAGCUUCGCCUUCUGAGCGUGGGACUCGGCGGUUGCACAGAAACCCUACUUCCUGAAAAAAACAGAGAUUAGAGACGUGCUGCUACCAUGGCUACCCAAUCGAUCAAGUGUGUCGUCGCCGGUGACGGUGCUGUCGGCAAGACAUGUAUGCUCAUUUCUUACACAACGAACGCCUUCCCGGGCGAGUAUAUCCCCACAGUCUUCGAUAAUUACAGCGCAAAAGUAACGGUCGAUGGCAACCCUGUGAGCUUGGGAUUGUGGGAUACUGCCGGCCAAGAAGACUACGACAGACUGCGCCCUCUCUCAUACCCCCAGACCGAUGUCUUCCUUCUCUGCUUCUCCACCGUGAGCACAUCUUCCUACGAGAACAUCAUAGAAAAGUGGGGUCCCGAGAUUUCGCAUCACGCACCUGGCGUCCCUAUCAUCCUCGUUGGCACCAAGAUCGAUCUACGCAGCAAAUCGGAGAAGGAGGAGGGUGCCAAGGCUGGUGAUCUCAACUAUAUAGAUCCCAUGCUAGGGUUCGCCGCCCAGCGGGCGAUCGGCGCGAAGAAAUAUGUCGAGUGCUCUGCCCUUACGCAGAUAGGCUUGAAGGCUGUGUUUGACGAGGCCAUCCGCGCUGUACUCAACCCCACAACGGAAGUGCCGAAGCAGAAGAAGCCAAAGUGCACCAUUCUCUAAUUCGGCCAAUUUCUGGGGAGCUUCUGGCUUAUAACCUAAUUCGAAGUCAUAUAUGCCCUCCCCUAACGUCUCGUCGCCCUUUCUUCCGAGUUGUUGCCAGCUAUUACUAGGCUUCGCUGUGAUGCGGUUCCGCAUCUAGCGGCUAGAUAGCUCGAUAUAAGAACUCACCUCCCGCAGGGGGUCUUUGCGAGCGGCAAGCACGAAAGGGUUUUCUGAAGUCGGUGAGUUUGCGAUGAGGGAGCACUUUUAG